AUGGAUCUCUCUAAGUUAUUGGAGCAAAUUAGAAAUCAGCAACAUGCGAGAGGUAUACCCUUUCCUAGUGAACUCCAGAUGUAUCUUGGAAUCCCAAUACUCCUUCUUCUGUACAAUAUUGGCAUCUUUUCAGCAGCUACAAUCGAGAGAAUCAAGCUCAAUACAGGCACUUAUAUGCCUGUGCUAGGACUUGGAACAUGGCAGGCCACCAACGAAACCGAGCUAUCUGCUGCAUUAAAGACUGCACUCGACAAUGGCUACCGCCUGAUUGGUAAGAUUUGUAUCCGCCAAAAACUAGAUACGGCUUUUCUCUACGACAAUGAAGCUAUGAUUGGGAAGGUGCUUAAGGAGUAUAUUACUAGUGGAAAAGUGAAAAGGGAAGACCUCUUCAUUACGACAAAGAUACAAAAUAAUGGCUAUAAAAAAGUUGAACUUGAAAAAGCCGAAAUGCUGCGAUCCUCAAUCUUGCCUUCUGCAAGAACACCAUAUAUGUAA